CUUAAGCAACGCCAAUUAGAUCAUGAAUGGCAAGAUAAAGAUGAAGCAGAAUUCUCUCAAGUCAUCAAGUCAGAACUUAUCAAAGUCUAUCAAUUCAUUGAACAGUCUCUGAGUGAAAUUAAUAAGCGAAUGGGACAAAACGAAGCUAUACUGAAUCGACUUAGUGAGUGUUCUCAAGAGAACGAUUCUAAAAAGGAAUAUGAUGCAGUUGCUGACACGUUAACUGAAAUUCUCUUUGAUGUGAAUGACCUUGCCAAAUUUCAUCAGAUUAAUAUGACAGGAUUUGAAAAGAUGAUCAAGAAACAUGAUCGGUACACGAAACAGGAUUUACGUACCUUAUUCUGGCAUCAAUGGCAACCCUUGUGGCCUAUUGAUAAACUCUCGAUUCAGUUUGAUAUCUUGAUUGUCAAGAUAUCUGAACUUCAUGACCUCUGUCGUUUGCAUGGCCAUCCUCGAUCCCAAUUAAAUGCUUAUAGUAUGGGUGGCGAUCAAAUUGAAUUUGAACGUGCUACAGCCAAGUUCUGGAUUCAUCCUGAUAAUAUUACAGAAGUAAAAUCUAUCAUACUUUUCCAUUUGCCAGUUCAUGUCUUCAACAAGAAAAAGAAACUAGAGGCCUCUGAUAUGGCAGUGUCUAGCGUCUAUUUUGACAAUCCUCAGUUUGAUCUCUAUACAGAACGACUUGAACGUUACGAGGCCGCUGAGGCCAUUCGUUUACGUUGGUACGGUCCACAUAAAGAUGAAAAUGAUAAUAUCUUUGUUGAACGUAAGACGCAUAAGGCGCCUUGGCGUGAAGGGAAAUCGGUCAAGGAUCGUUUCAGGUUAAAAGAAGGUUUAGUCAAUUCCUUUUUAUCCAGUGAAUAUACUGCUGAUCAUCUUGCAGAAGAUAUUCGUCAUGAUAUGAAAAAGAAGCAAACGAAAUUAGAAUCAAUCAUCCAAGAAAAUCAUUUUGUAGCUUCAGGUAUUCAGAAAUCCGUUAAAGAACGUCAACUGAAACCAACCUGUAGAGUCUUUUACAAUCGUACCGCCUUUCAGUUACCUGGUGAUCAACGUUUACGUAUCAGUCUUGAUUGCAACCUGACAUUCAUUCGUGAAGAUGGAUGUGAUAGUAAUUGGAAAAGGACAGAUAUUGAUAUUGACUUCCCUUUUAGAUCCAUCCCUGAGAAAGAUAUUUUGCGCUUCCCUUAUGCUAUCUUGGAAACAAAAUUACAAACUCAUCUUGGUCAAGAGUGUCCUGCAUGGUUAGAUAAUUUAAUUGAGUCACAUUUAGUGCAUGAGGUUCCUCGAUUUUCUAAAUACUUGCAUGGUGCCUCUAUUUUGUUUAAGGAUCAUAUUCCUACUGUUCCUUAUUGGUUACCUCAAUGUAAUAUAGAAAUUAGAAGACCCCCCAUUACCAACAUUGGAUUGUCACGCUCCAUGAGUUUUAAGCCUCUCGUGAACGGUCACCACCGAACUUCGCUUCUGAUGAUGUAUGACAGGGAACUAAACGGUUAUAAUACAACACAAGAAAAGAAAAAGAAAAAUACAUCAUUGUUCAAUACAAGCCGAUUUCGAACCAUAUCUAAUAGUCUCUUAAAAAGGGAAUCUAACCAAGAAGAAACAAAAAAUGAGGACAUGAAUCAUUUAUCUCUUAAUUUAAUGGAUCCUCAUAAUGAUCUCAAGGAAGGGAAAAAGACUGUUUUACCUUCACGUUCUACAAAUGGAUCAAGAUUAGGUAAAAGGACAGAACCAAAAACAUUCUUUGCGAAUGAACGUACAUUUAUUUCCUGGCUUCAAUUUUGUGCUCUUUUAUUAUCUGUUGCAUUAGGAUUAUUGAACCAUGGUGAUCGUAUCUCUCGUAUCAUUGGGGCUGUAUUUAUUCUGAUAUCUUCUGCCUUAUCAUUCUAUGCAUUAGGAAGAUUUCAGUAUAGAUCAUGGCAGUUACGUACGCAUCGACAGAUUACACGAUAUGACGAUAUCUGGGGACCUACAGUAUUAUGUAUUAUACUUGUCAUUGCCCUUGUGAUUAAUUUCUACCUUCGUUUAGAAUCUUUAUCACCUGAAUAUCAUGAAGCUCCAAGACCUACUUCUUCUGAAUCAAAAUCAUUUGAUAAUUAAAAAAAAAGUAUACAAAUUGGAUUGUUUUCCCUGUUCUUCCUCUCUCUCACUCUCACUCUCUCUGUCUCUCCUUCUCUUCUCCUCUCCUUCCUUCUUUUCCCCUCUUUCUUCUACCUUUUUUUAUUUUUCUUUGCUUUCCACAUAGAUAUUAUUAAGAAUGACUUUUAUCUUUU